AUGUUCUAUUAUCUAUCUAUCUAUCUAUUAUAUGUUCUAUCUAUCUAUCUUUCUAUUAUCUAUCUAUCUAUCUAUCUAUCUAUUUUGAAUCUAUCUAAAGUUCAUUAUUAUCUAUCUAUCUAUCUAUCUAUCUAUCUAUCUAUCUAUCUAUCUAUUUUUAUCAUUAUCUAUCUAAAAAAUUCUUAUCUAUCUAUCUAUCUAUGUUUGUUCAUUAUCUAUCUAUCUAUCUAUCUAUCUAUCUAUCUAUGUUUGCAUUAUCUAUCUAUUUAUCUAUUAUAUAUCUAUAUAUCUAUCUAUCUAUCUAUCUAUCUAUCUAUCUAUGUAUGUAUUAUCUAUCUAUCUAUCUAUCUAUCUAUCUAUCUAUCUAUCUAUAUGUAUAUUAUCUAUCUAUCUAUCUAUCUAUCUAUAUAUCUUUUUGUUAUAUUAUUUAUUAUAUAUCUAUCUAUCUAUCUAUAUAUGUUUCAUUUGUUAUCUAUUUAUCUAUCUAUAUAUAUGUUUGUAAAAUUAUAUUAUCUAUCUAUAUCAAUGUUUGUUCAUUAUCUAUCUAUCUAUCUAUCUAUCUAUUUCUGUUCAUAUCUAUCUAUCUAUCUAUCUAUCUAUCUAUCUAUCUAUCUAUCUAUCUAUCUAUCUAUCUAUUUUAAUUUUUAUCUAUCUAAUCUAUCUGGCAAGUCUAAUAAAUAUUUCUAUCUAUCUAUCUAUAAUGGAAUGAACAUCUAUUGCGAUCUAUCUAUAUAUUAUCACAAAUUUUAUCUAUCUAUCUUGCUAGUUCAAAAUGAAAAUCAUUUGAAUGAAAUGAAAUCUAAAUCUAUCUAUCUAUCUAUCUAUCUUAUCUAUCUCAAUUUAAAAAAUCUAUCUAUCUAUCUAUCUAUCUUGAUAAUAAAUAUUCAUAAUUCUAUCAAUCUAUCUUUCUUUCUAUCUAUCUAUCUUGCUAGCUCAUUCUGUUCAUUAUCAUUCUUGCUCUCAUACUACAGCACCUUCCCCCACAGAUACAUCGCAGCAAGUCAUUCGCUAUUUUUCAUUAUCUAUCUAUCUAUCUAUCUAUCUAAGUUCAUUAUCUAUCUAUCUAUAUCAUCUGUCUGUCUGUCUGUCUGUCUAUCUAUCUAUCUAUCUAUCUAUCUAUCUAUCUAUCUAUCUAUCUAUCUCAGUCUGUUCUUAUCUAUCUCGCUUAUCUAUCUUUCAAUCUAUCAUAGUCUGUUAUAUACCUAUUGUGUUGGUGCAUAA